AAAACGAGACAGUUGAGACCUUCUAAAUGGAUUAAAGUCUCUGCUGUAAGUCUGCAAAGAGAACUUUUUUCUUACAAACCAUUCUUCUGUAAAUAAUCUCUCAUGUAUACAAUAUAUAUGGAAUAUAGAGACAUUUAUUUUUACUUCUAAAAGUUUUUACAGGAUAUAGGUAUAUAUAUUUAAAAAAAAAUUAAUGCUAUUUAUAAACUCAUAUGGAAUUUUAAUAAAUAAAAAAAAAUUAUAUAAAAAAAAAAAAUGACAAAUGAGGGGGAUUUUGUUAAAUGACACAGGAGGUUUAUUCAAAAUAUUAUAAUUUAUUGGAAUUCAAAAUGAUGACCUACUAUUAUUCCCUAGAUAAUGGAGUGUGAAGAAUUUAGCCUUUUUUUAAUUUCUAAUCUGGAUCAGUGAAAAUUUUCAAUGGAAAAUAAUUGUGAAUUAUAUAAUACCACAGGAAUCAAGUAAUUGGAAAACUGAUGUUAAAAAAAUGGUACUCUUUGAUUUUUGAAUCGUUUGGAGUAAAAAAGGAUUUUUUUUUCGAAAUAAUUUAUUUUGAUAUGAGAUGACUUGUUCCUGGAGUAACCGCCUGGAGUCGACACCAUCGUCGUCGUUGAUCGCCUUUCCCUUCGAGCGCUGGAUAGCCGGUGAUUGCGCGCGUCAGGCUGGUUGUCUGCUUCUAUUUCACAUAUAUAUAUAUUUUGAAACAGCUCUCCAGUCUGCAACGAGUGUUCGGCGGGCUUGGAACGAUCGUCAGGUUCCUGGCGGAAGGUUCCCGUUUGGCCAAGGACCUUUUUCCACUUGGCCAAACCAAAUGACAUGUCCUGGAAUUGUGUGAAAUCGGAGAACGAACGCGACGUGCAAUAAUAAUAAAAAAAAAAAAGGAAAGAAGAAAGGUGGAUUGAAAAGGCGUCGUUGUCGAGAGAAAGAGAGAGAGAGAGAGAACGCCUACUACUACGCUGGCGGGAAAUCGAUAAACGACGUUUCCAAGCAAAGUGCGAGCAGACCGGAAGAGAACAUAGGGUUUGGGGGAGAGAAAAAAAGGAAGGUUGUAGCAGAAUGUUCCAUGCUAUGAUGGUGACUUAGCAACGCCCGCUUGUGAAUCCAAAAAAAAAAAACUUGGAGGGCAAAAUCGGAAGUCUAAUCAACAAUUUUCAUUUUCCGCUAACGAUGAAGUGAAAACAGAGAAAGAGAGACAAGGUCAUCAUGAAGGAUCACGGUAGUGAGAAUGCGACAGAAGUGCCUGUCAGGGCACUUAAAUCACUAUUGAAAAAACCCGGACAAACAAAGGCGAAAGGUCACAAAAAUCGUGUAGUAAUUAAUGAGAAAUUAAAUGAAUUUUUCGCUGCCGAUUAUAUUAUUUUAAUAAAAGAAGAAUGUUGCACUGACUAUGAGGAGGAGUGCGAUUGUUGUUGUCAGGAACAUGAAAUGAUAAGACUUGGAAAUUGUAAAGAAUGUAGAGCUGAGCUUAAUCUUCAUUUUGGUGGUGGUGGUGGUGGUGACGGAAGAUUUGGAGAUGGUUGUGAGGAUGAUGUACAAGUUCAAAGGGAACAAGUGUUUGGUAGUGAGGAGUCACUUGGCGAAGAGGAGGAGGAAGAUGAGGAUGAUGAUGAUGAAGAGGAAGAGGAUGAGGAGGAGGAGAAUGAAGAGGGCGAGAAUGAAGAUGAACCUGAGGUGAUCAGAGAAGUCAGUACGUUAGAUGAAAAGAGAAAUGUUGCACCCCAACGGAGUCAACAUCAACAACGGGAGACAUUGAGCCCACCCGAGGGUUACAAGGACUUGUGCGUGGAAAAUGAAAUGGGAAAGGAGUCUGAACAUCGACUUGAGUCUGUAUGCGCCGAGUGUAACUACUACCAAAGGGCGACAGAAGCCGAAGAAUGUGUCGAAGGACAAGUCGAAGAUUUGAAAAAUGCUCAAGAAACGUCGAGACAUCUCGAAGAUGGAAGUUUACAGCCGACCAUAGAUCAAGCCCAACAAACAACUCCAGAUCUUCAUCAGCGUUAUCUUGUAGAAACGAUAACGAUGACGACGGUGACGGAGCGUCGAAUUGUCCGCGAGAUCAGCGAAGAAGAAACACAACCUUUAGACGAAAUUGAUUCAACUAAUGAGAAAGAUUCAUUGAAUGGCUCAAAACUCGAAUUCACUAUUUGUCCGCCGCCAGACGCUAAAGAUAUUAUUAAAACUAACGACGAUGUAAAUAAAUCGCCAGAAAAUAUGACAAAAAUCGAUAAACGUGCCUCGAAGGAAAUUUCUGAUGGAUCCGAUCUUUCUCUGACCUUUAAGUUGGGCACAUCACUCGCAACCAACAGCCUCAAGCCAAAUUCCGCUGUACGACAACUUUUCCCCGACCCUAGAUUCAUAUCUCCACCUCCAGCGCCAACAAAGAACAUAUCUCUUUCGGACGUUGACGAUGAAGAUGAGCAUUCAGAGGCUCAGAAAUUCCUCAUCACCACUGAAACCCUACGUCUUUUUGAUGCUGUCAAAAGGACCAAAAUUGCCGGCAACCGGAGUGAUUCAUCUGAAAGUGAAUCUUCCAGUAUCAAGAGAACAAUUGAGAGAAAUGCCCUAAGAAGAAGUCUUAUUUCAAAAUACGAGACUAGUGGCGGUUCGAAGAAGAAAAAUUUACGAAGUAAAGAUUUAACUCUCGAGGAGAGAAUACGACAAUUGACAUGCGUUGAUCAGGAUGAUGACACCGGUGAUAGUAAUUCAUCAGAAAGUGGAAGAACCGUUGAGGGUUGCGAUCAAAAUAAUGAAUUACCAGCAAGAACAUCGCCAUCAGGUGAAGAGAGACCGAAAAAUGAUCGCGUACCACGUACCAUUAUUCAAGAGCAAGAAAUAAAUCUUCCUCCGCCUUAUCAGAAUGCCAAUCAUCAUCAUCAUCAUCACCAUCAGCAGUCGACUUAUAAAAAAAUCACCGAUCUCUUUGGCCAAAAGAAAAAUAUUCAAAUGAAUCUUCCCGAUAUUGGUCUUGGUAAUAGAAUGACAAUUGGUAAAGAAUACAUUUCAAAAUCAGCAGUUUCAAAAAUGAAUUCUGAUGCAAGGAAACAAUUUCUAGCUAGUCUUGCGCCUUUAUCUUGUGUCACAUCGACCGGAGAGGGAAAAGAUGAUUACUAUCGAAUUGCAUCAAAAAUCACUGGAAGCAAUAGGGACUCAGUGGGUUAUAAUUCUGAUUCAUCAUACAGUCUUGAGGAUAUUGAAGCCGCAUUGAGAGGUGAGGAAAGAAAUUAUCGAAAUGCAGGUCCACCUGAUGUCACAAGAGGAACACCCACAAGCAUUGGACCCGAUUCAGGUGAUGCGAGUGAUGAAUUAAUGGCUUUUGUUGAACAAGACAAGUCAAGAACCGAGAGGAUCAAGAGACGUUACAAUGAUAAUGAAGGAACAUCAGUCGAUGGCGAUGUUGUCAAGGAGAAUGGAAAGGACAAAAAGAAUACCGUCGACGAUGACGAGGACGACGAGCUCAAUGAUUAUGGUUUUAACAGAAGACCCGCAGUUCGUGGAAUUAAACCACAAUUUGGAACAACGGAGGAGAUUGUCCAACAAUUGAGAUCGCGAAGCGUUGCCGCAACAUCACUUCCAGAUCGAACAUCCCUACCUCCACAUUGGACGUUCUAUGACAACACCAAUGACAAUCCCGAGAAGCAAGAAUCAUUCGUUGACGAUUCAGAAACAUUUAAGCAAGCAACCUUCAACAACGAGAAUCCCGGAAAGCAUACAAUCAACAGGAUAAACAAUAUGCAAAGACAGAUUGAUGACAUUUAUCAAACAAUUGCUGACACAUCGGUAAAUGCUCAAGGUUUAGAUCGCUCAUACGUCGAUACAACUCUACCAAGAACAUUAGUUCACGUUGCAGUCGCCGACGGUAGUCAUCGUUACGUGGACCAAAAAAAUGGACUCCACUUUCAAGAUCAAAUGUCAGGCCAUAGAAUUCGUGUCGCCGGUGCUGCUGAUUUAGUUCCAACAUCCGGCUACAAUAGUCUUCCCAGUAAAUCACGACAGCAUCCAGUAGGUUACACUAAUUAUUCAUGUAGUACUGUGCCAACUUCCAAUCCAAAAUGUUAUCGUACAAUGUACCUCGUUCCCUACAAUGGAAUCACAGAUCCAGCUUAUCAAAAUCUCCAACGAAUUCUACCGGCCCAAUCAACGCCAACAAAUUACGCGAAUCACAUCGAUCGCUAUCCAUAUCCAAGAAAUCGUGUCGAUCCCCAACCACGUUAUUACGUACGGCCUAAUAAUCCACCGCCAACUAAUCCACAAUUACAUCUUCAUUUACAUCAAUCCGAUGAAAUACACGUGGCAAACGUCCCACCACCAGUUGGACUAAAUCACACCAUACAAACAAUACACCAUCAACAUCAUCAGGUUGCAUCCUAUAGUGGCGCUCAAUCAGUACCAUCGUACACUGUUAUUGCACCACCAAGACCCCAAGCGCCAUAUACACAUCAAAUUCAUUUAUCACGAAGUGCAAGUGACGUUCAAACACAAACUGUCUCUCUACCCCCUUCAGUGGUAUCGGCAUCAAUUGGAUCAACAUUAACGACAUUCACUGGUAGCACUCAAAUACUUGGUACAACAAUGACGUCAUCAGCAACAAUUUUAGCCUCACCCACAAAACUUCAACAUCAAAGGAAUAAUCCUUGCAAUGUUGCUGAACGCGGAGUCCCCGAAGGUGCAGCCAGUGCACCAGCUCAGGAUUUCAAUCAGACGAGUUCCACUAAUUCGAGCCAUACUGUUACGAACUCGUUUAUAGGUCAUCCCAAUAACGUGCCUCCACCCAACACACAGAACUCUGUAUACUACGCGAUGAACGUGUAAACGGAUUACUUGAAAGGGAUUCACCUUUACUGGCUAAUUAAGUCGAAAAGGUAGUGGAAUUACCGAGUUUUACUUGUAAACUUGCAGUUUUGGAAGAGAUGGGGUUUUAAGUAAAACGAAGCAUUGUGGUUACAUCUGUUAAUUUUGGGAUGUACCCACAUUUUGUAGUUUUGCUGUGGCCGCGGCCAAUAAGCAAAUGGGGUCAUGUACGAGUUACAUGUGCGUGCUAUUCGUUCCCACGAGUAUUCGAGUUUACCACUAAGUAAAGUGGAUUAUAAGUUUGUGGCCGCGUUUGGCUUAUUUUUUUUUUUUCCAUAUACAAAUGCACCCAAAGUGGGC